AAUCUGGAGAUGAGACCUGAAGAAAGUUGGAGCUGUGUUGACCUUGUCCGCCGUGAAGCAGAUUCUUUCUCAGAAAAACCCACCAUCAACGUAGAUGAGGAAGAUGGCGGUCUCCAGAUCUGCCGUGUAUGCGGGGACAAGGCCAAUGGCUAUCACUUCAACGUCAUGACGUGUGAAGGCUGCAAGGGAUUCUUCAGAAGAGCUAUGAAGCGCAAUGUCCGGCUGAGGUGCCCCUUCCGCAAGGGGACCUGCGAGAUCACCCGGAAGACACGGCGGCAGUGCCAGGCCUGUCGUUUGCGCAAGUGCCUGGAGAGUGGCAUGAAGAAGGAGAUGAUCAUGUCGGACGCCGCUGUGGAGCAGAGGCGGGCCUUGAUUAAGAGGAAGAAGAGGGAAAAGAUGGAGGCUCCACCGUCCGGGGGGCAGGGGCUGACUGAAGAGCAGCAGGCGCUGAUCCAGGAGCUGAUGGAUGCUCAGAUGAAAACCUUUGACACCACUUUCUCCCACUUCAAGGAUUUCCGGCUGCCUGCGGUGUUUAACAGUGGCUGCGAGCUCCCAGAGUUUCUGCCAGCCUCGCUGUUGGAAGACCCCGCCACGUGGAGCCAAAUCAUGAAAGACUCGGUUCCAAUGAAGAUCUCUCUGAAGCUGCGGGGAGAGGACGGCAGCAUCUGGAACUACCAACCCCCCUGCAAGAGUGACGGCAAAGAGAUCAUCCCUCUGCUGCCGCACCUGGCGGACGUGUCAACCUACAUGUUCAAGGGCGUCAUCAACUUCGCCAAGGUCAUCUCCUACUUCAGGGAUCUGCCCAUUGAGGACCAGAUUUCCCUGCUGAAGGGAGCCACUUUUGAGAUGUGCCUACUGAGGUUCAACACGAUGUUCGACACAGAAACUGGAACCUGGGAGUGCGGUCGGCUGGCCUACUGCUUCGAAGAUCCUGAUGGUGGCUUCCAGAAACUUCUCUUGGAUCCGAUGAUGAAAUUCCACUGCAUGCUGAAGAAGCUGCGGCUGCACAAGGAGGAGUACGUGCUGAUGCAGGCCAUCUCCCUCUUUUCCCCAGACCGUCCUGGUGUGGUGCAGCGCAGUGUGGUGGAUCAGCUACAGGAGCGAUUUGCCCUCACCCUGAAGGCCUACAUUGAGUGCAGCCGGCCAUAUCCUGCCCACAGGUUCCUGUUCCUGAAGAUUAUGGGUGUCCUCACUGAGCUGCGCAGCAUCAACGCCCAGCAGACCCAGCAGCUGCUGCGCAUUCAAGACACGCACCCCUUCGCCACCCCCCUCAUGCAGGAGUUAUUCAGCAGCACAGAUGGCUGA